GUAUAUAGAGAGUGAAAUUGGGAAAAAGAGGUUGUUGUGGAAAUGGAGGAAACAAAGGGAGUAGUGAAACACUUACUGCUAGCAAAGUUCAAGGAUGAUGUCACGCCAGAGAAGAUUGAAGAGCUCAUCAAGGGCUAUGCCAACCUAGUCAAUCUUAUCCCACCCAUGAAAGCAUUCCAUUGUAACUUCAUUAAAAUAGGUUUGCCCAGUAUUGCUGAUGAAAAAGCGAUGAUACUGAUGAAUAGAGUGAGUGGAACAUUGACUGGAUCGGGUUGGCUUCCAAAUUAUUUAUUGCUACAUUUUGAGAUUGUACAUGCUUGUAGAAUUCAGAAGUCCGUCGGUGAAAUUGCAGGAUUUCAGAACAAGAUCUCUGCCUUUUCUGCACUGGGCAAAGAUGUGAGUGCGGAAAACCUGCAUCAAGGCUUCACUCAUGUGUUUGAAUCAACCUUUGAGAGUACAGAGGGCGUUGCAGAGUAUGUAGUUCAUCCUGCUCAUGUUGAAUUUGCAAAUUGGUUCCUUUCCUCUGCAGAGAAAGUGGUUGUGAUUGACUAUAAGCCUAUCAGUUAACCUUUCAUUGGGAAAUUGAUGCUCAGUUCACUGUUAGUGCUCUGAUAAAAAUAAUUUUGGUUGUUUGAUCUCAGUUAUUUUACGAACUUCAAUGAUUCCCUUUGGUGUAUGCACUACAAUGAUUUCAUUUAUGCAUAUCAAUUUGGAUUUGAAAUAUAAAUGUCUACCAUAAAACUUUCAACCUUCA